CUUCUUUGCCUCUAUCUGGCAGCGCCGUUUGGCGCAAGGACAGGUCGAGAUCAAGUUUCAGUGGGAGAGAGCCCGAUCAAAUAGAUUAGAAUCGAGUACGUUAUGUUAUUAUCCGGGACACCGAGACAAGGGCAAUGCCAUCUACUCACACUGUAUACAAGAUAGACGUUUUAACUCAAUCAAACCAUUGGUGUGUCUUCAGACGUUACAGUGAAUUCUUUGCUCUCGAUCAGAAAUUGAUUAGAGUACAUGGAAUAGCGAGAGAUCUGUUGCCUCCGAAGAAACUGACGGGCAAUCUGACGGCCGCUCACAUUGAGACGAGAAGAGAAGCAUUAGAGAGAUACUUACAGAAACUUGUUAAUAGUGAUCAUCACAUUGCAGCAUCUCAUGAACUCUCAGUAUUUCUUGAUGUCUACGAACAUGAUGUAUGUGCUGUGAUGAAGAAACUUGCACACCAUUUCUAUCUCUACGGUGACGAGCUGCUGGAGAAGAAGAUUGGAUUUUGUGCAACACCAGACCAACUCUAUUGUAUAACCAAACAACUGAAAUUACCCGUCUACAAGUCAGAUGCUGUAGAUGCCAGUUAUGAUGUCGGUCACGUGUACAGUUUUGUUUAUAAUGUCACACAUAUGACUGUCUCAUCGGCUAUUCGACCUCUCGCUGUCAGCAGCAUGAGAUAUGAUUUGUCACUAUUCAAGUCUUCAGCAGUCUUGAAGGGAUAG